AUGCCAGAAAUUGGUACACCACCUCUACCUCCUGAGCCCAAAUCACUAAAUGAUUGGACACUGUUUCAAAACCGCGCAGAAUUCAAAACCGCGGAGUUUUUCUACAUAAAAAAUCAGAUGCCAGCAGGACAAAUUUACCAUCUUCUCGACCUGUGGGAUAUCAUUGCUGGAGACCCAGAAACAAUUGGCUCCACCUUCGUGCCCAUCAUCCUCAGAAGUGACAAGACGACGGUUUCUGUUGCAACGGGGAACAAUGAGUACUACCCACUUUAUCUUUUGAUCGGAAAUGUUCAUAACAACGUCCGCCGCGCACAUCGAGAUGCGCUUGUGGUAAUCGGCUUCCUUGCAAUGCCCAAAACUACAAAGAAACACGCAGAUGACCCAAAGUUUCGCAAAUUCUGUCGCCAAUUAUUCCAUUCAUCGCUGUCUAGGAUACUCGCAUCACUUCAGCCUGGGAUGUCAAAACCUGAUAUCGCGAAGUUUAGAGAUGGUCAUUUUUGGCGCGUAAUUUAUGGACUGGGGCCAUACAUUGCCGAUUAUGAGGAGCAAGUUCUCCUUGCAUGCAUAGUCCGCUUCUGGUGUCCAAGAUGCUGCUCUCAUCGUGAUAAUCUCGAUGCUACCUCAGUCCUUCGGUGCCGUGAAUACCAUGAAGCCUUGUUUGAAGUGGGUACUUAUGGAGAACUGUGGACAGAGUUUGGGAUAGUCGCUGAUUUAAUUCCUUUCACAAACAACUUCCCACGCGCCGACAUUCACGAAACAAUGGCCCCAGACAUCCUACAUCAAGUUAUCAAAGGCGCGUUUAAGGACCAUCUCGUGGAUUGGGUGGAGAAAUACCUUGUGCUUACUCAUGGGAGGACUGAAGCGGACCGUAUCUUAGAUGAUAUUGAUCACAGGAUUGUGGCCGUUGCCUCAUUUUCUGGUCUGCGCCGCUUUCUGCAAGGACGCGGCUUCAAGCAAUGGAUGGGGGAUGACUCCAAAGCCCUCAUGAAGGUGUACAUUCCCGCAAUCGAGGGUCACGUACCGACAGAGGUUGUUCGCACAUUCCGUGCAUUGCUAGAGUUCUGCUACCUUGUACGUCAAAACACCAUCACAGAGCGCACCCUGGAUGAAAUUCAAGAUGCCGUCUCUCGUUUCCAUCAAUAUCGUGAGGUUUUCAAGACUUCCGGUGUCAUUCCAAUGUUUUCACUGCCACGACAACACUCUCUUAUGCACUACGCACAUGUUAUCCGGCUCUUUGGCGCCCCCAAUGGACUUUGCUCAUCAAUCACUGAGAGCAAACACAUCAAGGCUGUGAAGGAACCAUGGAGGCGGUCAAGUAAAUACAAAGCACUUGGUCAGAUGCUGGUCACAAACCAGUAUCUUAGUCAACUUGCCGCUGCGCGUGUUGAUUUUGAAAGCCAUGGAAUGUUGAAGGGUACCUGCCUUUCAGCCGAACUCGAGGCUCUCGGUAUGUUAGACAAUCCUGAUGUCCCUAAUGAUGAAGACCCCAAUGACCCCCCACCAAACCAAGCAAGUAAUCUUGAGGACGGCGAUGACUUAAUGAUUGACCAUGGCCCAACUGUUCUACAAGCACACACUCGACUUGCUCGAACAGUUCCAUCAUGCACAGAAACGAAGCGUGCCCGCAGUGUAUUGGCUCUCGCUGAUGAAUUGCACCUUCCAUCUCUCCCUGCCUUAAUCCGCCGCUUUCUUUAUGAGCAAACACGCCCAGACAACACACUCGACGCAUUGUCCUCUUACUUAAGGGUCUUAUCGUAUGACGUCCCUCUUGCUGCCUGCCCCAGGUAUGAAGGAAAGGUAUCAGUCUUCAACUCCGCGUGCUCAAGAUUCCACGCACCAAGUGACCUUUCCGGGAUCGGUGGCAUGCGAGUAGAACAUAUCCGUUCCUGCCCUAUGUGGCGGAACGAGUUUUCUUGUCAUGAUUGCGUUUUUGUUAAUACAGGAUCAGACACUGAAGGAAUCCGAGGGCUCGAUGUUGCAAGGGUUCGGGCAUUUUUUUCAUUCAAUUAUGCAGGAACAGUGUACCCAUGUGCCAUUGUGUGCUGGUUCGAUGUCAUUGGGGGCUCGCCUGACCCAGAGACGGGAAUGUGGGUGGUUCGCCCAGCCUACUAUGCCAACCAUGCGCCUACACACACUAUCAUACAUGCGGUUGAGAUCGCCUCAGCAGACACCAUCUACUGUGCCGCUCACCUCAUCCCUAUCUACAGCAACCAAUUCCUUCCUCUCGACAUCACGUUGCACGUGUCCUAUGAUGCUUUUCGAGCUUAUUAUGUUAACAAGUAUGUUGAUCAUCACACAUUUGAAAUUGCAUCAUAA